AUGGGAAAACUUCAUUCCUUUCUUCUUCUCUUAUUCUCACUUCAAUGUUGCUCCAUAGCCUCCUUUGCUUGGAGUGAGACAAACAUCAUUUCUGACAAAUAUGAACUCCUUGCUCUUAAAAACUUUGUCACUUCAGAUCCAUACAAUAUCUUAGUCAAUUGGUCUGUCUCUUUUUCUCCAUGUAAAUGGGUUGGUGUCGCUUGUGAUAUUCACAUUGAAAGAGUCAAUUCCUUGAAUCUUAGUGAUACGGGUCUGACGGGCAUCUUAUCUCCACGGUUGGGAAAUCUAUCAUUUCUUAGUGAACUUGAUCUUAGUAACAACAAUUUUCAUGGCCAAAUACCAAAUGAGUUAGUUCAACUCUGUAGGUUGAAAUUACUGAACUUGAGCUAUAAUGACUUUCAAGGACAAGUUCUAUCAUGGAUAGGAGAUUUAUCUGCACUUGAGCACUUGAAUCUUCGAAACAAUAGUCCUAGUGGAAUUAUUCCAUUUUCUCUUUUCAAUCUAUCAAGGUUAGAGAUCUUCGAUUGGAAUUCUAAUUUGGUGGAAGGAAUCAUUCCAGUUGAGAUUGGAAGACUCGAGCAUUUGAAGAUUUUACAACUCGGAGCUAACAAGCUUUCAGGAAUCAUUCCCCAAACAAUUUCCAAUUUAUCAUCACUUGAAAUAUUGAAUUUGUCUAACAACACUUUAUCAGGAAGCAUUCCAUAUCUGGUUGGUUAUCUUCCACAGCUAAAGAAAUUGUACCUUGAACGGAAUCUUCUUGUUGGUUCUGUACCAUCUUCUUUAUUUAAUAGUUCAAUGCUACAACACAUUGCAAUGGGAACAAAUCAAUUAUCCGGCAGUCUUCCAACAAAUGUGUGUUUUGGCCUACCAAAGCUUGAGACUUUUCUUGUGGAGGAGAAUUAUUUAUCUGGCAAAAUGCCCUCUAUUUGGCAUCAGUGCAAAGAAUUGACUAAGAUAUCAUUAUCUGAUAAUAGAUUCAACAGAGGAUACAUACCAAGUGACAUUGGAAAUUUGACCAAAAUCCGACUUUUACAUCUUUCAAAAAACAACUUGGAAGGUGAAAUUCCGUCAUCUCUAUUCAACAUUUCUACUCUGAGAGAUAUAAGUUUAUGGGGAAACAAUUUAAAUGGCACUCUUCCAAUAUUAAUUGCCAAUUGGACGUUGAUGGAAUCCUUGGAAUUAGAAUACAACUUCUUCACAGGCACAAUCCCUCCAUUUCUAUUCAACAUGCCCUUUUUGAGAACGGUUGUCCUUGACAACAACCUUUUACAUGGUAACAUGACAGAAGAGAUGUGCCAUCAAUUCGCGUUACUUGAAAUCUUAUCAGUUGUUGUGAAUCAAUUGGAUGGAAAUAUUCCAAAAUCAUUAAGUAACUGCACAUCAUUGAAACUACUAUAUUUGGACACCAACUCAUUCACAGGUUUUAUACCCAAAGAAAUUGGCAAUCUUGAUGGACUUGAAGGGUUAGAUUUAUCAAGUAACCAUCUCAGUGGACUUUUUCCUUCCAAUAUAUUCAACAUUUCAUCAUUGACACAUGUCAACAUAGGCUGUAAUUCUCUCUAUGGCCUUCUCCCACAACAUUUAGGAAUUGGCCUUCCCAACUUGAAGGAAUUGAUGUUGGAUGAGAAUGAACUAACUGGACAAAUUCCAAACAGCAUCUCAAAUUCUUCUAAACUCUUCAAGUUAGACCUGGCUUUGAAUAAAUUUAGUGGAGCUAUACCCAAUGUAGUUGGAAACUUAACAAACUUGAUAGCAUUAUAUUUGGAAGGGAAUGAUUUGGAGGGUUUGAUUCCUAACACAAUUAACAAUUUACGAAACCUUCAAUAUUUAAGUCUCAGUGGCAAUAGAUUGCAAGCGUCCAUUAUCCAUGAACUUUGCCAACUCAAAAGUUUAAGUGAGUUGUAUCUUGCCAACAACAUGUUUUCAGGAAUGGUUCCAAGGUGCCUUGGGAAUACUUCCCUGCGGAAGUUAGAUUUUAGCUCUAACAAAUUAAUUUCUCAUAUACCCUCUUCUCUUUGGAGUCUCAUAGAUAUCUUGGUUUUAGAUUUAUCCUCCAAUGCAUUGAGUGGAAUAAUCCCAUUUGAGGUAUCAAACUUGAGAGCAAUUACAUUAUUGAACUUGUCGAGAAAUCAAAUUUCAGGAAGUAUCCCAAAAACUAUGGGUGGCUUGCAAACCUUGCUAAACCUAUCCUUGGCCCAUAACAAAUUAGAAGGGCCAAUUCCUGAAUCACUUAGUAGCAUGAUAAGCAUGGAGUUCUUGGAUCUUUCUCAUAAUUAUUUGUCUGGUGUAAUUCCAAAGUCCUUAGAGUCACUAAUCCAUCUAAAGAACAUUAAUCUUUCCUACAAUUUAUUGCAUGGAGAAAUUCCAAAUGGUGGGCCUUUUUUAAAUUUUACUGCUCAAUCUUUUAUGAUGAACAAGGAUCUUAGUGGGAAGUCCCAACUGCAAGUCCAAUCAUGUAGGAAAGAAAACAAGCAUAUAUCAACAAAAGUGAUGAUGUUCAUGAAAUUCUCAUUGCCUAUUAUGGUUGUCAUUUUGGUUAUUUCAUGCGUUGCCUUUCUAAAGCAUACUAGAGAAGAUGUUAAUGAUUUAACCAAUAGGGAUUCAAUAAAUUUGGAGACACCAAUUUGGAUAUCCUAUUAUGAGCUUCUAAGAGGAACAAAUGGAUUUGAUGAGAGUAAUCUUCUUGGCUUUGGAAGUUAUGGAUCAGUAUACAGAGCAAUCCUUUCAAAUGAAAGAAUAGUUGCUGUUAAAGUAUUUAACUCAGAUUUGGAAGAAACAUUAAGGAGUUUCGAUGUUGAAUGUGAUGCCUUAUGCAAUUUACGUCAUCGUAAUCUUGUUAAGAUAAUUAGCUGUUGCUCAAAACAUGAUUUUAAAUCUAUAAUCAUGGAAUUCAUGUCAAAUGAGAGUCUUGAUAUAUGGCUGCACUCUCAUGGCAAGUGUUUAGAUAUCUUGCAAAGGUUGAAUAUAUUGAUUGAUGUGGCAACUGCAUUAGAAUAUCUUCAUCAUGAUACAUCUAAGUUAGUUAUUCAUUGUGAUGUAAAGCCGAGCAAUGUAUUGUUGGAUGAAGAUAUGGUGGCUCAUCUUGGUGAUUUUGGUAUCGCCAAAUUGUUAGGGGAAGGACAAAAUGAAAUUUACACCAAAACCUUGGCUACAAUUGGCUACAUGGCACCAGGAGAUGUAUAUGGUUAUGGCAUUUUGCUUAUGGAAACUCUUACAAGAAAGAAGCCAACAAAUGAGAUGUUUGUUCAAGAUUUAUCUGAGGCACGACCUACUAUUAUUGAUGUUGUUGUAUCAUUGAAAAAAUCAAAAGUCAUGUCUGUGUAA